AAUGCAAAAGAACGAGUUGGCUUGGUUUGAUGAUGAGGUUGACAUCUUCGAGCUUCCUUUCUCAAAUUUUCAUUUGAGCUCAGAGUUUCUGUCACCCUCCAUGGCAGCUUUUGGACCUCCAGAAGGAGACAAGAAAGAGUUGAAACACGGCUCCGAACCCUACUUCUUGUGUGCUGUACUGUGACGGAGUAUUCCGCCAUUGUCGUUUUCUCUCCUUCCUUUCAUCAUCGUUUUGUUUCUCAUUCUUGAUUGGAUUUUCAUUUUCAUUAUCAUUUUUCUUUCCUGCUGUUUCUUUCGAAUCAUGAGCGGGCAGGAAGUUAGGGCGAGAGGUGAGAGAUUUAGGGAUGGAGGAGGUAUUGUACAGUCCUUCUCUUCGAGUUUGCUUGAUGAAAUCUACCGUUCCAUUGACGAUGGAGGGGAUAAGAGAAGUGGAGAAUUGAAGUUUUACAGACAGAAGGUGUUGAAGAAACAAGGUAAAAUGAUCGGGAAAGCGCAGAGUGAUGUUGAAGAUGAGGAGAUCGCGAGUCUUCAUCGUGCUUUGCUGAUAGAGAGAUGGAUCGAGAAGAAGGUUGCUGAAAAGGUGAGCGCUCAAAGGAGACGUUCUCUGACGGAAGCUGAGAUAAAAUUUCAGUUGUACCAGCAGGAUCGGGAAGAGGACGUUCUGUUCUUUAGUUCAACUUCGAGCUCUUCCGAUUCGAGUUUCGGCGGAUUUUCAUCUUCGGAUACUGAAUCAGUGUAUGGUUCGAAAUCCUUGACGCCGUCUUGUUUCGCAAAGUUCAGACCAAAGCCAGUUCGGACCAGCGUCUCCGCUCCACCGCCGGAGAAGACGGAGGAAAAGCAAAGACAGAGCAGAGAGAAGCCACCGUCUAAACAGAUCAGUCAAUUCGUGGAAAACAAUGAAAAAUCUCGAGGUUUCGACGAGAGCGCUAUGAUUAAGUCGAAAUCGAGGGCGUUGAAGAUUUACAGUAAUUUAAAGAAGGUGAAGCAACCGAUUUCACCAGGAGGACGCCUCUCAAGUUUUCUCAAUUCUAUCUUCACCGCAGGAACUCCGAAGAAGACAGGAAACUCCGUUACGUCAACCAGAGCCUCUGAAGAUCAUAACUCAGAAAGAAAGUCAAAAUCCGGCCAAACUUCGACUUGCUCUUCGGCUGCAUCGUUUUCAAGAUCAUGUUUGAGCAAAAAUUCGCCAUAUUCUAGCGAAAAAUUGCGCAAUGCCGACACGAGAACGGUUCGAUUUUAUCCGGUGAGUACAAUCGUAGACGAAUACAGUAGACCUUGCGGACACAAAUCCUUGUGCGAAGAACAGCCUAAAUUCGAAGUCAAGAACAAGGCCGAGACCGCAGAAGCAACAGCAGCAGUCAGGAAAAUUGUAACAGAUUACCAGCAAAUCAGGAAGAAGAACGAUUUCCUGAUUAGAAAAUUCCACCAUCCUGACAAUGAUCUCUACAAAGAAGAAGAAGAAGAAGACGAUACAGCAAGUUGUUCGAGUUCAGAUCUGUUUGAACUAGAUCACCUGACGGUAAUGAGCGGCGAUCGGUACCGGGAAGAGCUUCCGGUGUACGAAACAACCACUCGCGUGGAUACAAAUCGGGCCAUCCGCCAUUGCAAAUUAGGUUAGUUCCAUUUGUAAUAGGUAAUAUAAUUCAGCCAUAAAUUUUGUUAUAGUAAUGCGUUUGUUCUUACUUGAUUGAGGAAUCUCUUUCGUUCAGGAUUAAAUUAAGUGUGGAAAGGGUAAUUUUGAUCAUACUCGGUUGAGGGAUUUGGGUAAUGGAUUGGAAAUGUAGAAAGAAAAGGGAAGACAGAGGAGGAAAGCAACGCUAAUUUCUUUUU